AUGGAAGUCGCUGACGGUGCAGCCAGCACGCCUGCUGAACUCCCUCAGCCCGACGAUUUGGUGGCGGCGUUGGAAAAGCAUUAUUACAAAGUCGAAUAUCGCAACGUGGAGCUCAAGAACCAUCGCGACGUGGUCAGCACAGUCGACAAGAAGGAUCUCGCCUCCAUCGCGGACAACACAUGGGUGACUGACGGGGCGAUAGACUUCCACAACGUGUUGCUGACAACUCUCGCCAAGCAGACGCACCCACAUGUGGACAUGUCGAAUUUUGAACUGCUGCUGAAGGACGUUCCCUGUCAUGUCCUCACGCGGCUACCCGGUGUGCGGAUUCUUUGUGUGCAGGCGAACCACAUCCCUAAGCAAGAGAAUGGUUUUGACUGCGGAGUCUUCAUCUGCCACUACUUGAAAGUUUUGGUCUACUCCGACUUCGCCAACUUGAAGAGUGGCCUGUGGUUCAAAGGGGUCAGCGCGCUGCAGUACCGCCGCAACAUGCGCGCUGAUAUAUGCGCACACGCUAUGGGGGAGUUGCUCCGGAGGCUAGAGGAAGAUGGCGUGGAUGUUCCUAAGCAGGAAAGCGGCACCACCACCAACACGACUUUGAAGGAGGGUGCAGAGGACGGACAACACACAGAGCAAAGACGUGUGGACCGGCUCGAGGCGGAGGUGUGCUCCUUGAAGCGCGAGGUCGGUGCGAUGACUGCAGGAUUCGCCGCAAUUGGGCAGGUGCUUGGGAUGUCGAGGGAGGAGCUGAUCUCUGCCGGCGAAAACAUGCUGCAGAAGCCUGCCUGCGCUGUGCAGGGAGCGGGAGGUAAUGAUCCGCGCAAGCACGGCCCAACCACUCCUGUACGGCCUUCAGGAUACACGAAGCAGCUGAACGACAGCCCUGACGAGGAUCUGGUGGGCUCCAACACGAGAGUGUCGCUCGACAGCAAGUUCGCGUCAGCCGUUGGAGCGUACCCCUGCUUCCCGGCACAUCUGCCGAUCCCCGGGACGGUUCCACACUGGCUGUUGUCGCGCCAGCAGGGAGCUGCGGUUUCACUAGUCCAGCCAUCCUAUCCUGUUUACGGCAUCGCGCAGAGCGGUGCGGGCGCACACCCCGGCUUCACAGCUGUGCCUAAGCAGGAGCCCUUGGCCGGAGGAGAGGAUUCUGACGAGGACGGAGAGGGGGAGACCGAGCCAGGAACAAAGCCGACCAAGUACACCGGGGUGUAUGUGGAGGCCGAUACAGGCAAGUUUGGGGUGAAGGUUGUCGCCAAGGACAAAGACGGAAAGAAGGUAACGAAGAGAGUCGGCGCUUACACCACGAUAGAGGAGGCAGCGUAUUGCUACGCGGCAGCAGCCCACGUGCUGAGGCCAGGCAUGGGCACCAGGAACUCUGUGGCUUUAACACCGGCGGAUAGGGCAGCUUUGAAGGGGUGCACUCCUGAAGUCCUAAAAGUCCUGGUGGAUGCCCGCAUGUGGUGGCGCUGGAGGGUAUGGAGGGAGGCGUACGAAGGUGUGAUGCGGAAGGCAGCGCGGGCCAAGAAGAAUGCAACGCCUGCUAAAAGGGGGAGACCGCGAAAGGAGAGUGGUGCGCAGGGUGGUGGCACGGCAGGAGAGGGUGAAGGAGAGAAGGCUGGAAGUGAGGACACUGAGAUCGUUGCCAUCGAACCAACCAACAGCAGGGCGCUUGGGAGGCUCCGCAGUGCCGAUGCAAAGUCCACGGAUGACAAGACAGAUGAAGCUGGUCGUGGGAGGCAGAAGGAUGAGACUACGGGGGGGGAGACAUCUGACGCUUCUCCCGGCAGAGUAGGCAAGCAAGCGGCGGAGAGUGACUCGCCAGAUUCGCGUUCCAAGAGCGACGUUGAUCCGCGUCUGGCUCUCCGGAAUCGAGGCGAGGACGUUGACGGGGGCGACCAGGCACGCAUCGAGAGCGACGUCAACGCUUUCGAAGAGGAGGAUGACGAGGAUGUGGGCGACGCGAUGCGCGCGAUGUUCGAAACCAACACGAACCGCGAGAACGCUGAUGUCCCAACCAAUGGAGAGGAGGUGCGCGUUUCUGCGGGAGUAUUCAGGAGCCUGCUUAAGUCGCAAGACGAGAGCGCGAAGAAGGUUGCCCGCUUGGAAACCUUGCUUUUGGAGGCACUGGCGAAGUCCGAUGGGGGAUCUCGUCGCCGCAAAGCAGAGCGGCAGAGGGAGCCGGGACAGGGAUGCAUGAACCCAAAGCGCCAGCGUCGUGGCGAGGCUGUGGCUGAGCGACUAUGCGAGUUGGUCCGCGUGCAGCUGUUCUUGAAGAAGCCGGCCGCAACCAUGACUUUCUAUCCGAGCUCUGACGACAAGACUUAUGGCGUCUGCGCAGUGCUUGACCGCCUGCCGCAUAGCUUCGCGUGUCUCGCGCUGGCAGCGGACAAGUCCCGACGGGCGGACCUUAACAAGACGCUGAGCGAGUGGAAGACAAGGGCUGCAGCACGGGUCCGGGACAUUGCGCUCCCGAAGCUUGGAUUCUUCCGGGACGAGCGCGACGAGGCAAGCCCGUGGGCAAGGGACAACGCACGGACGCUGGAGCAGAUUCGCGAGCGCAUUGGGCUCGGGGCGGAUGAGAGCGAUGAUCUGGUGUUGAGCAACUGGGCUAACGACCGCGACGGGAUGCCAUUUGCUUCUGCGGCGUUUGCGGCGUGCGCAAAGGCUGCCUUCAUUCCGAAGAAGGCUGCACUGCCGCUCACUUUGAAGGUGUACCACCUUGCGUGGCUAGAGCACGUGGUGUCCGACAGCAUCAUGUACUGGGAGCAGAGGAUGGGCCGUCUCUCUAACUCGGCGGGGGGGAACGGCCACGUGGUGAACGGGCUCAAGGUGCUUGUGAAGGGCUCCGUUUCACAGGCCAUCCGUCACUUCAAUCCAGAGUACGACGAGGAGAAAGAGGAGUGGAUAUGGGGACGCCAUGGCCUCCGCCUUUCUGCAUGUGGGCUUGAGAGCAUGAAGCCCAAUGCAGGCGCUAGCGGAGGAGACGCCGCCGGGAACGAUGUGCAGUCGGUGUCUGUCGGGGGUGUGUAG